AUGGCUCCCUCAGGUCUCCAGAUCGAUGGGAUUAGACUGAGGGACGCUGAGAACCGGGAGGUCACCUUCCGGGGCAUAAAUGUUGCUGGGGACUGCAAAUUCCCUCGCCAUCCGGACCAACCUUCCCAUGAACCCAAAGGCUUUUUUGAUGCCGAAAAUGUUUCAUUUGUCGGACGACCCUUCACGGAAGAAGAGGCACAUGUGCACUUUGCAAGGUUAAAGAGAUGGGGCUACAACGUCAUUCGAUACGUUUUCACCUGGGAAGCUCUUGAACACGCUGGACCUGGUAAAUACGAUGAGGCCUUUAUUGACCAUACGAUCAAGAUCCUACGCAUAGCAAAAUCCUACGGUUUCUAUGUCUUUAUGAAUCCCCAUCAAGAUGUCUGGUCGAGAUUUACUGGCGGAUCCGGUGCUCCCCUAUGGACUCUUCAUGCCUGUGGUUUGGACCCGGAGAACUUUGCUGCGACACAAGCCGCCGUCGUGCAGAACACUUGGGCCGAACCUGCUGAAUUCCCCAAGAUGCUGUGGCCCACCAACUACACCCGUUUGGCCACCCAGGUUACAUUUACUCUCUUCUAUGCGGGUCGAGACUUCGCUCCGAAUGCCAUCAUAGAUGGCAAGAAUAUCCAAGACUAUUUGACCGAUCAUUUUGUUGCUGCGUGUGCCCAUUUAGCACAGAGGAUACACGACGCGGGCGGUCUGGAGGAUGAAUGUAUCAUUGGAUGGGAAACCAUGAAUGAACCACAUCGAGGACUGAUCGGAUGGGAGGAUUUGGAUGCCCUUCCCGACGACUUGAAAAUGAGAAAAGGAACCUGUCCCACCCCUUGGCAAGCCAUUCUGACCGGUGCUGGACGUGCUGUGGAAGUCGACUUCUAUUCCUUCAGCACAUUUGGGCCAUACAAGAGCGGCCGAGAGCUGGUGGACCCUGGGGGAGUAUCUGCCUGGCUCUCCAAAGAUUUCGAUGAUACACAAUAUGGCUGGAAACGAGACCCCGGUUGGAAACUCGGCGAAUGUAUAUGGGCACAGAAUGGUGUUUGGGACCCAAGUCAGGAUCAACUCUUGAAAAGGGACUACUUUUCUUUCAUCCCAAAGUCGGGAACCAAGUUGGACUACGAAAGGUUCACCAACUUGUACUACAUGGAUCAUUAUCGAAAGUACAGAGACGCCAUACGAGCCAUUCACAAGAAUUGCAUCAUCUUGCUGCAAUCAGCUGUCCUUGAGAUACCUCCAGGCAUCAAAGGCACUCCAGAUGAUGAUCAAAGAAUGAUUUUCGCAACGCAUUAUUAUGAUGGACUUACCCUGAUUCAGAAACAUUGGAACAAAUUCUAUAAUGUGGAUGUCUUCGGUAUACUACGUCACCGCUAUUCAAGUCCCGUAUUCGCUGUCAGACUGGGUGAGACGGCCAUCAGGAACUGCUUGCGGGAUCAACUUAAGGCCAUACGAGACGAGGGCCUCGAACGUCUGGGUGAACAUCCUACGAUCUUUACGGAAAUCGGUAUUCCUUUCGACAUGGAUGACAAAUAUGCUUACAAAACUGGCGACUACUCGAGUCAGACGUCGUCUAUGGAUGCCAAUCAUUAUGCUUUGGAAGGAAGUGGGGCUCAAGGGUUUACAUUGUGGACCUACGUCGGUCAGAAUAAUCAUCAAUGGGGCGAUCUCUGGAACGGUGAAGACCUCUCUAUUGUAUCGAUUGAUGAUCAACUCCUCCCAAGUGGUUCUUCAACAUCUGCCCUUCCAUCUGUAAACCCAUCGACGGCUUCGUUAGAUCAAAAAUCUCUUUCAUACUCUAGCACGGCUCUUUCCGAAUCCUGCACAAUUAACCCUUCAAAUCUCAAAGAUGCCUUGAAGACUCCCGAGGUCCUUCAGAAACCUUACUCCAGUACACCGAAGUCAGGUCUCCGAGCUGCCGAAGCCUACGUCAGGCCAUCUCCCAUCGCUACAGUAGGGAACGUCGUCAAAUACGGUUUCGACUUGCGCAAUGUGACUUUCACAUUCAGCCUACUGGCAGAUCAUGCUACCAAAGAGGAUGUACCGACCGAAAUUUUCCUGCCCGAAUUUCACUUCCCACCCGGUCGGACUGGCGUUGAAGCCAGUGGCGGGAGAUGGAGAAUCGAUCUUCUGGACAUCGACGGUGAAGGUAUGCAAGUCAUGAAAUGGUGGCACGGGGCAGGCGAGCAGAAUAUCACAGUCAAAGGCUUCAAACGCAGACCUGGGACGCUAGACGAGGACGCAGACCCUGACGCAGGAUAUUUGGAAACAAUAUGGACUUCUGUCCAGAAUUGCUCGGUGAUGUGA